GGAAUCUAUUUCACGCAUAAUUUUUUUCUUUUGCUAAAGUAAUAAUUAUUAACGUAUACAGUAAAGUGCUAGAAAAAAAACAAAAUGUUUUCUUCAAAAAUUGUUUGUUCUUUUUCAUUAAUUUUUACAAUUAAUGAAGUUUUCACCCAAGAAUCUUGCUUCAAUCGAGAAUUACCAGCACCAUCGUGUAUUACAGAAAAAAAUGGUUUAAGUCCUGGUGAGAAAGAAUCAAUUCUUGUGAAGCACAAUAAAUUAAGAAAAUGUCUUGCUUCGGGUGCAGAAGGAACAGGUUCAAACAAUUACGGACAACCAGCCGCAGCAUAUAUGCCAGAUUUAGAAUGGGAUGAAAAAUUGGCAAAACUAGCGCAAAAAUGGGCUGAUACUUGUAAUUAUGGACAUGAUAGGUGUUUAUUUGGCAACGCUAUGGGUCAAAAUUUGGGAUUUAUUUCACAUUCUGACGAAAGCCAGUUAAAUUAUCCAUCCAUUGUGCAAGGAUGGUAUGAUGAAGUAAAAAUUUUUGAUGGUUCACAAGUAGAAAAUGUGAUGAAUUUUGGUGGAUCGGCUCACUAUACGCAAAUGAUAUCAGCAAACACUACAAAAAUUGGAUGCGGAGCUAUAAGAUAUAAAUCUGACGGUAUGACUCGAAUACAACUUACAUGUAAUUAUAGUCCUUUUGUUAAUAUGAUGGGAAAUGGAUUAUAUAAAAAAGGGACUAUAAAUCAACAAAUGCCUUCAUCUGGAAACCCCUAUCACUGCGAAUAAAAAUUUUAUUCUAUUGUAAAAAAUUACAUUUUCGAUUUUAUAUUUUUAAUUUUAAUAAUAAAGGCAAAUAUUUUAAAAAAGCAAAUAGAAGAUUGGCAAUGUAAAAUAAAUAAAUAUUAUUCUAUUGAAUUAAAAAAUAAAAUUUCUUUUUUUCUA